AUGUCAUUAUCUAAUCCAAUUCCAUUAACAGACGUUGACACAGAGAAAAAGUUUCGUAAUUUUGUGGAAAUAACCGAUAAAAUUGAUCCAAUAGCGGCACGUGUUUAUAACACGUAUUUGUCUAUGCACACACAUCAAUGUGUUGAUUAUGUAAAGCAACGAUAUGAUGUUUGGUUAAAAUUCAAUCAUGCUCAAAUGUCUGUUUAUGAUGCUCUGGAACAAUUGUCAACAAUUGUCGAUGAAAGUGAUCCAGAUGUGGAUGUACCUAAUGUUUAUCAUGCAUUUCAAACAGCUGAAUCAAUACGCAAACAGUACCCGAAUGAUGACUGGUUUCAUUUAGUUGGUUUAAUACACGAUGUCGGCAAAAUAAUGGCAUUGUAUGGUGAGCCACAGUGGAGUACUGUCGGCGAUACGUUCCCUGUUGGAUGUCGCUUUAGCGAUGAAAUCGUUUAUAGUUCAACAACGUUCAAGGAUAAUCCCGACAUCAAAAAACCACUUUAUUCAAGUCAAUAUGGAAUAUACACGCCAAACUGUGGACUAGAAAAUGUUAUGAUGUCAUGGGGUCACGAUGAAUAUUUGUACCGUGUAUUGAAAAAUCAUCAACAGUGUACGCUACCGGAUGAAGCUUUUUAUAUCAUUCGUUAUCACUCAUUUUAUCCAUGGCAUACAAACGGUGCUUAUAUGUAUUUGUGCAAUGAGAAAGAUCUUCAAAUGUUAAAACUGGUGCAAAAGUUUCAAAAGUUUGACCUGUACACCAAAGAUGAUGAGGCUUUGCCGGAUUUGGAUGAAUUAAAAGGCUAUUAUCAGAACUUGAUAAAAAAAUAUAUCCCAGGUGUUUUAUCGUGGUAA